AUGUAUCGUUAUUGCACAAGUCCAAUACAUAACCGUUCAUCAAAAACUAAACAUCUAUUUUCAGUUAUGUUCAAUGCAUUUUUCUUUUUCAUAAAUUUCGGUUGCACAUGGUUGUUGGCAAUUAUCUAUAUUAAUGAAGAAUUGACUAUUCCUUAUCUAUUUUCAAUUAUGUUCAUUUUGUUGAAUGGAAGUCAGGGAAUAUUCUUAUUAAUCGAACAGAUAUUUAGAUUUGUUAAACAAAAAAAUCGUAUCCGACAAACAAAAACAAUGUCGACUAAAUUACGUACAUCAAUAAGUAUUAAUAAUAAUAGUAGUAAUAUUUCAUAUGGUUCUGUAUGGAAAAAUGAAAUCUGCAAUCGCUUAUUAUUUGUUUUGACAUUAUUCUCUUUUAUCAUUAUUUGUCGAGGAUUCUCUGAUGAUGCUGUUUGUAGUAUAAAUCAAUUUGAAUGUGAAAACUCUUAUCCAAUUCAUUGUAUUCCAUUAUCAUUACGUUGUGAUGGAUAUCCAGAUUGUCAUGAUAAAUCUGACGAAAUCGAUUGCCCAAAAAAUAACUGCAAUGAAACAGAAUUUGCAUGCAAUUCAACACAAAAAUGUAUAUUUGCCGCUUGGCGUUGUGAUGGCGAACCCGAUUGUGAAGAUGGUUCCGAUGAAUUGGAUUGUGAUGGACUCAACUGUGAACCGCAUCAAUUUCGUUGUGCUAAUAAUAAUCGUUGCAUUGAUAAGAAAAAUGUUUGUAAUCAUUUCGAUGAUUGUGGUGAUGAUUCGGAUGAAUCGGUUUUGGCUUGUAUGUUUCAUCGUUUCGUAUGUACAAAAGAUGAAUUUAAAUGUUUAAAUGGUCAUUGUAUUUCAAGAGAUUUAUUAUGUGAUGGUAAUGAUGAUUGUGGUGAUAAUUCGGAUGAAAAUCUAUCAAAUUGUACACAAUGUUCAAACAAUGAAUUUAAAUGUAAAAAAUAUAAUAAAUGUAUAUCGAAUGAUAAAUUAUGUGAUCAAUUGGAUGAUUGUCCGGAUGGUGAAGAUGAAUCGAAUUGCAAUUAUGAUCAGUCCAUCAAUGAUUUGUUAAUAGUUUGUCAACCCGGUGAAUUUCGAUGUCAUAAUAAUUCGAAAUGUAUUGCCGAUUAUUUAGUCUGUGAUGAAAAAUUUGAUUGUAAUGAUAAUUCGGAUGAAUUGAAUUGUACAUAUCAAUGUGAUUUCAGUGAAGAAUUUCGUUGUCAUAACAACGGGGAAUGUAUACCCAUUUCAAUGUAUUGUGAUGGUCAACCAGAUUGUUUGGAUCAUUCGGAUGAACAAGAUUGCCGAUUUAUUGAUCAAACGAUUACCAAUGAUAAUAAUUCUAUUACAGCAUGUCGUAAAGGUUUUCGCUGGAAUCCUCGAUUAAAACGAUGCUUUGAUAUAAAUGAAUGUAUCGAAGAUUAUAGUAUUUGUUCGGGUCAUCAAUGUUCCAAUACACUUGGUGGAUUUGAAUGUCAUUGUUCGAUUGGAUUCAUUGUUAUCAACGACGAAUGUGUUCGCAAUUCCAACAAUCAUUCAAAUCAGAUGAUAUUUACGGCAAAUAAUUUAAUACAAUCUAUGCAAUGGUCAUCAAAAGAUUUUGAUUCUGCUCCAAAGAUUUCCAAUUCAUCAAUAUUAUUUGAUUAUAAUCAAAAUACUGGUGAUGAUAAUGAUAUUGAAUCUCACCUUAUUUUUGCAUAUAAUUUGGGUUCAAAUUAUUUUGUUGCAUCAAAUCAACAAGGACAAUUAUAUCUGGAUCGUUUGGAUAAAAACCGUCCCAUAGGGUUGGAAAAAAAGUUAACCGUACCAGUUGUUUUAGCACAAUGUCAACAUCGGAUCGGUAAUUUAGCCAUCGAUUGGAUGAAUCAUUUGAUUUACCUGAUCAAUAUGGAUUUGAAUCAUAUUGAAGUGAUUAAAUUAUUUAAACCAAAUAUGGUUAUGAUAUUUGUUGAAAAUGUACAGAAAGCUCAGGAUUUAGAAGUGAAUCCAUUAGAAUCAUGGAUUGUUUGGAGUGAAUCUAAUCGAAUCGUUCGUCAAUCUCAAGAUGGCAAUGAACAAAUCAUAUUAACCGAUCAAGUUAUACAGCCGACUGGAUUGAAAAUUGAUUUUCUUACCGGACGAAUUUAUUGGCUAGAUGCUGGACAUCAUUCGCUGAAUUCAAUAAAUUUUGAUGGAUCAGACCAAAGAAUUAUAAUACAAUCAAAAAGAUAUCUAGAAAAUCCUUUUGAUAUUGAUCUAUUUGAUAAUCAAGCGUUUUGGACCGAUUUGCAAAUCGGUUCAAUUUAUACGGCCAAUAAAUUUGGCGGUAAUUCUGGUCGUGUUUAUGAAUUAUUUCCAAACAAAAAUGAGCAUCAAAAUGUUACCUAUAUUGAAACUUUAGAUUCAUAUAAACAGCCUAGAAAUGAUUCAUAUAAAUGUCCAUUAAAUUGUCCUUAUCGUUGUGAUCCGAUAACCGCGGAAUGUUAUUGUCCAAAACCAUAUAUAAUUUGUUUGGAUAAGAUUAAUGAUGAUGAUGAUCGUUGUCAAUUGGAUCAAUGUUUGGCUAUUAAUCGAAUGACAAAUGAAAUGUUUAAUUUAACAUAUUGUUUAUUAUUAUUAUCGUUGGUGGUGUUUUUAAUUCUUUGUCUUUUAUAUAGAUGUUUUGACAAAAUUCGUCGAUACAGAAAGGAAAGUUAUAAAACAAUGAGAUUGAAUGAUUUACGUCGUUCUUCAUUCGCUCAUUUGGGUCAUCAUCAUCCAAAUCAUGCAUUGGAUAGUGGUGAAUCUUCAUCGGCAAAUUUAACACGUAAUAUAUCUGAUGCAUCUGCAACAUCCGAUGAUGUUGUUAAUAUUGAUCAAUCAAAAACACAUGAUAAUUGUUAUCUAUUUAUAAAUAAUGAUCGUCAAUCUAGUGGUUAUUGUUCAUCAUCGAUUCUAUCCGAUCAAACUGUUCCACCAUAUCAUCAUCAUAAUAGUAGUUUGUUGCAACGAAAAUCAUCGACAAUCAUCAACAAUAAUGAUAAUAAUGAAGUUUCUUAUUAUUUUAGUGAACAACCAAAUAGCCAAAACGAUCAAAAUGAUGAAGAAGAUGAAGAAUGUUUAUCAUCAAUAAAUCCAACAUCAAGUCAAUCAUCAUCCAGUAGGAGUAGUGAUGAUGUGAAUGAUGAUGAUGAUAAACCAAUGAAAAAACAAUGUCAAUUCUUUGUAUAAUGUAUUGUUUGUGGGAUUGAUU